GUUUCACGCGCGUCGGAUAACAGCUAGAAACCCUAACUGCGUUUUCCUCUCGGGUGAAGCUCUCUCUUCCAAAAAUGGCGGCGGAGAGAUCGUCGAUCACUCUCGGAGGUAAAGGCUCUUCUCUGUCUUCUUCAUCUGUCUACAAGGUAGCUUCCGCUGUCUCUCAGGUACGAAUCGACUCUUCUGCGUUCGAUCGUCUCUCCUCCGCGAAACCUCAACCUACAAAGUCGACCUCUUUCGCUUUCCCACAAGCCCUAACGAUCGAGGAAUUCCGCGCUUCUCUGGUUGUUCUCCUAAACAAGCUUCUCUUGUCGACUUCUUUGUCUUCCAUCCGUACGGUUCUUCCGGUUUCCUUAUCGGAUAGUCUGAAUUCGAAAGCUGGAACCCUUAAUUUCGGCGGAAUUGAUGUGACCGAUGGGGAAUGUACUGUGUUGGAGAAUGCAUUUGCUCCGUUGAUCGGGAUUUGUUCUGUUGUUGAUCACAAAUCGGCGGCCUUGUCCCAGAUUGUGGACGCUGUUGCCGCCUUGUCUUGUGAAGCCACUAAGAGCGACGUAUCGAGCUUUAGUUCCUUGGAUUCAGGAGAUGGGUAUGGCGACAAAGAAGCCAUUGCAGUUGCUGGUGAUCUGAAGGUUUUGUUGAACGGGUCCAAAUUUGCCGGGAAGAGGGAAAAUGGAGCCAUUUCGAAGAUUCCGAGAAUCCAUGGGAGAUUCCGGGAUAUGGUCAAACAAGUCCAUGCUGUUGCUCGGAUUGAGCUAAAUUCUGGUGUUAAAGGAGGGAAAAGUGGUGGGUCCGGAGACUCUGGGACAGGAGAGGCAUUGGGAACAGCAUUGUCGGCCUUGUCGGUGGCGAUCAAGAACUUGGGAGAGUGUUGCCUCCUUCGUUCCAAACUGGUAUUUGAGUCUAUUGAAAAUGAGGCCCUUAGGAAUGACUUGAUGGGUUUGUUCCAAAAGAGCGGCCUUGAUUGCAGUAUGCUGAAGGAUGCCCAUAAGUUAGCAUAUAGUGCCCUCUUUGAAGAGGACUACUGCAAAUUUGCUCACCAAGUGAAUGAGCUUCUAGGAAUUGUGUGGAAACUUGUUAGUUGGGAAGCAGUGGCUGCAUUUUUUGCCCUUGAAGGGGGAGAAUUGGUGAGUCAGAAGGGUGCAGAUGCUAAUGGAGAGGACUCCAAAACAACUAAGAAGAGUGACAAGAAGAAAAAGAAUGAGAAAAAGGCAGUUCUUGGGAAGGGAACCAGCGUAAUUGUCCAAUUUAUCAAAGAAAGACUGCUCAAUAAAGAGACAAUUGGUGAUCAGGUGGAAUCGUGGAAGAUAUGGGUGGAGCAAAUCUUACUUCUUUUGAACCCCGAGGAUCACAGCUUUGAUAGCUUUUUAGAGAAAGUAAAGGAAAUUGUAGAAAGCAAUGAAAGCAGGAGACUUCCCAAGCUUCCAAAGGGUACACGUGAUUUUGCAAAAGAGCAAAUGACAGUCAGAGAAAGAGCAUUUUCAAUCAUACAAGAGGUUUUCAAGAGGCAUGGUGCAACUGCCCUUGAUACUCCUGUUUUUGAAUUGCGAGAGACGCUUAUGGGAAAGUAUGGAGAAGAUUCGAAGUUGAUUUACGAUCUUGCUGACCAGGGAGGAGAGCUUUGUUCUUUACGAUAUGAUUUAACUGUUCCAUUUGCCCGGUAUGUUGCUAUGAAUGGUCUCACAUCAUUCAAAAGGUACCAAAUUGCGAAGGUGUACAGAAGGGAUAAUCCAUCUAAAGGAAGAUACAGAGAAUUUUAUCAAUGUGAUUUAGAUAUUGCUGGUCAAUUUGAAAGGAUGGGACCAGAUUUUGAGAUUGUCAAGAUUUUGACAGAACUGCUUGAUGAGCUUAAUAUUGGAGACUAUGAGGUAAAACUCAAUCACCGGAGGUUACUCGAUGGGAUGCUUGAAAUAUGUGGGGUACCCUCUGAAAAAUUCAGAACCAUCUGUUCCAGCAUUGACAAGUUAGACAAACAAUCGUUUGAGCAAGUAAAGAAGGAAAUGGUGGAAGAGAAGGGCUUAUCCACCGAGACAGCGGACAGAAUCGGUGGUUUUGUUAAGGAGAGGGGGCGACCUAUUGAACUACUCACAAAGCUCAAACAAGAAGGGAGUGAAUUUAUGGCUAACAAAUCGUCAACAGAGGCUCUUGAAGACUUGAGCAUUCUGUUCGAAGCUCUUGAAAGGUCAAACUGCAGUGACAAAGUGGUUUUUGAUCUGAGUCUUGCCAGAGGCCUUGAUUACUACACCGGCGUAAUCUUUGAAGCUGUCUUCAAAGGUGGAGUUCAGGUUGGAUCAAUAGGUGCUGGUGGACGUUAUGACAACCUUAUAGGAAUGUUUGGAACGAGGCAAGUUCCUGCCGUGGGCAUGAGCCUUGGCAUUGAGCGAGUCUUUAACAUAAUGGAAGAACUUCACAAGCAGCAAAAUCAGAUAAUUCGACCGACAGAAACACAGGCGUUGGUUAGCAUCAUGGUAGAGAAUAAAUUAUCUGAAGCUGCAGAAUUGGUAAGUCAGCUUUGGGCGGCAAAGAUAAAGGCAGAGUACCUAGUCACCAAGAGGAGAGCAAAACACUUUGACCGUGCAAAAGAAUCAAGAAUCCCGUGGAUGGUGAUCGUCGGUGACCGGGAACUCACUGAAGGUGUCGUGACACUGAAGAACAUGGAAUCCGGCAACGAAGAGGAAGUUCCCAGAAGCAGUUUUGUCCAAGAACUAUCUAAACGGCUGAACCCUUAAAAACUUCGUGAAGCUGAUUUUUUUUUAACAUGAAUACUUUUAAAUCCUUUUGUUCUGUUUCAAUUUGGGUCUUGUCUGUAUUGGAACUACAGCUGCCGAGACAUUUUUAUGAGACUUGUGACGUAUUUCGUGUUAAGAAGGGUUUUGGCGAGUUUGUCAGAAUUCCGACACGUGGCAUGAUGACGUCACUCCGUCUCGCGAUAUGGCUGUUGUUUGUUAAUAUUUUACGUUUAUGUUAUAGUCCAAGAAGAGAUUGAGG